AUGUUGCGCUUGGUACAAGUGAACACGACAUUACAUAAGGCCCAUUCUCCAUUCCUUACUCGUAGUUAUGCACUUCAUCAUUCCAAGCCUUUAAAUAGUAUUGAAACAUCUACACUUACGUCGAAAUAUACAGUAGUCGAUCAUGAAUAUGAUGCUGUCGUAGUUGGUGCUGGUGGUGCUGGUUUACGUGCAGCUAUGGGUUGUGCUGAAGCUGGUUUAAAGACAGCAUGUAUCUCCAAGCUAUUUCCUACACGUUCACAUACUGUCGCAGCACAAGGUGGUAUUAAUGCAGCAUUGGGUAAUAUGUCGGUGGAUGAUUGGCGAUGGCAUAUGUAUGAUACUGUAAAAGGUAGUGAUUGGUUGGGUGAUCAAGAUGCAAUUCAUUAUAUGUGUCGAGAGGCACCAGAAGCUGUACGUGAGCUUGAGGAUUUUGGUCUGCCAUUUUCUCGUACAGAAGAAGGUAAAAUCUACCAACGACCUUUUGGUGGACAAAGUUUAGAAUUUGGGAAAGGUGGACAAGCACGUCGUACUGCAUGUGCUGCUGAUCGGACGGGUCAUGCGAUGUUACAUACACUCUAUGGACGUUCCUUGGCUUUUGAUACAUCGUAUUUCAUUGAAUACUUUGCUCUUGAUCUGAUUAUGAAUGACGCUGGCGAGUGUGUAGGUGUUAUGGCUAUUAAUAUGGAAGAUGGUACAUUCCAUCGUUUCCAUACAAACAAUACAGUACUAGCGACGGGUGGAUACGGACGCGCCUAUUUUUCUUGUACGUCAGCACACACGUGUACAGGUGACGGUACGGGUAUGGCACUGCGUGCUGGCAUUCCGCUACAGGAUCCUGAGUUUGUGCAAUUCCAUCCGACGGGUAUUUAUGGUGCUGGCUGUUUGAUCACGGAAGGAUCGCGUGGUGAGGGAGGCAUCUUGCGUAACUCGGAGGGCGAGCGCUUUAUGGAGCGUUACGCCCCCCACUGCCAAGGAUUUGGCUUCACGCGAUGUUAUCACUUGCCACCUGAGCUGCUGCACGAACGUCUGCCGGGUAUCUCGGAGACUGCUGCUAUUUUUGCUGGCGUGGACGUGACCAAGGAGCCGAUUCCGGUGCUUCCUACUGUGCAUUACAAUAUGGGUGGUAUUGCUACAAAUUACAUGGGCGAGGUAGUUAUGCCGGACGUUGACGGCUUACCGGAGCCCGGCAAGGUUUACCCAGACAAGGUUGUCCCGGGUUUGUUUGCUGCUGGUGAGGCUGCGUGCGCAUCGGUGCACGGCGCCAACCGGCUGGGUGCUAACUCGCUGUUAGAUCUGGUAGUAUUUGGUCGUGCCUGCGCUAAGCGCAUUGCGGAGUUGACCAAGCCUGGCGAGAAAAAGCGCCCAAUGCCCAAGGAUGGCGGACUGAAGGCCAUUGAGGAUGUUGAUACGCUUCGUUACGCCAACGGUAGCAUUUCCACGGCUGAGCUACGUCUGGAAAUGCAGAAGACGAUGCAGGCGGACGCUGCCGUCUACCGCACGAAGGAUUCGUUGGCCGCUGGCAAGGAAAAGAUUGACGAAGUGGUGCCCAAGUUUAAUGAUAUCAAGGUGACGGACCGCUCGCUCAUUUGGAACACAGAUCUGAUGGAGACGUUGGAGCUGCGCAACCUGCUAGCGUGUGCAUCCUGCACUAUGCACGCUGCUGAGGCCCGUAAGGAAUCCCGUGGUGCGCACGCUCACGAGGAAUUUACCAAGCGUGACGAUGCCAACUGGAUGAAGCACACGGUCGCUUACCACAAUGAAGAGGGCAAGACGCACAUUGCUUACCGUGCGGUACAGGAUCAGACGCUUGACGAAAACGAGUGCAAGCAUGUUCCGCCCUUCGCCCGUGUCUAUUAA